GGCUUGCCCCGACCAGAAGACCUGCUGACCUCUCAGGCUGGAAAUACCAUGAUGCAUCUCACCGGCCAGAACCACCUGCUGGCAUCUAAAAAUAUGUGCGAUUCCAAAACACCUGGCCUCCAACUGUCAGCCACACAGGGAGGGGAAGAGGAGGAGGUGGUGGUGAUGGUGGGUCGGCUUAUGCCAGGGUCCGCCAUGCUGCCCACGCCAGGCCAGGAGGGCCCUGCCACCCAGAGGGACUCCUUGCUCCUGGUCGGGUAUGUAUUAUGUACUGUUGGCUCAUUUGGCUGAGGCAGCUGUACAUAUAUGUUUUUUUAAAUUUGUCAACAAAAAUAAACGUGUUAAUUAAUUAAUUGAUUUCUUUCUUUCUUUCUUUCUUUCUUUCUUUCUUUCUUUCUUUCUUUCUUUCUUUCUUUCUUUCUUUCUUUCUUUCUUUCUUUCUUUCUUUCUUUCUUUCUUUCUUUCUUUCCUUCAGGUGCAGGUCUCCCCUGCGUGGCUUGUCCCCAGAGAGGGAGAACAUGCCCCUGCGGUGGCCUCUGAAGCUGGCCCCUCUGGAGCUGCCCAUGGAGGUACAGGAGGCCCAGAGACAGAAGAUGAAGGGAAUUGGGCUGGAGGCCAAGGCUGCUGCCCAUAAACUGGACACUACGGUGGGCGACCAACCCUGCCCCAGGAAGGUGAAGGCCUGUGGUGUGAGAGGAGAGGGACCAGGACUGGUUAAGGGUACGGCAGAGUGUGUCUCCACCUCAGCCCCACAUCCCCUGCCUCUGACUGAAACAGCACCCAGAGUCCAGCGACAGCAGAAGGUUCUGAGAGCGCAGCUUGCCCGUGCCAAUCCAAUCCAGAGACAGACAGGAGACAGGCUCUCAGAAGAUUCUGGUACUACCGUUAAAGGCCCUCCUCCUGCCCCUAGCAGCAAACCAGCCACUCCCUCUGCCUCUCUCCCCUCCAGCGCCAAAGCUCAGGCUCAGCAGGCGAUAGCACCACAUGGCGAGGAGAGCGCAUGCCAAGCGACCGGCACAUUCCAGCAGGAGACAGGCAGAAGGAGGCUGCGUCUGAAGAGGGCAGAGCGCCUCGAAGAGGAUCAGAGCAAAUCUAACAUGUCAACAGGAGGAUUACCUGGGGAAGAGGCCAAGCUGGCCCAAGGUGUCCAGCAGGGAAAAGCUCAGAGGGCAGAGACAGAGAAGGAUCUGACAAAAUCCUGAAGGAGGCCAGUCGCAUACUGGAGAAGGCUUCCAGGAAGAACGCCAGGCCGGAAUUACCGGAGAACCCGCUGGAAGUGUCCAGAAAGACCAUCAGGAGAAUGGCAGUGAGCAACCUCCAGAACACUGUCCUUUGACCUCUGACCCCUGAUCUUUGACCUCUUAACCCCUGACUCCUUUUGAGCAGCCCAGGAAGGAGUGAAAACA